AUGUCAGCGUUCCUCCUCUCACGAACCGCCCUCCGCCGCCAGGCCAUGGGCGCGGGCAUCGGGCUGUCCAUCGGCUCGAUGCUGGUGCUCCGGCAGCCGCGGAUCCGCAUGGACGCCAGGGCGGUGCCGCGGCCGUCCACUCGGGAGGAGCCUGUGGUCGCGACCAAGGAGAGGCUGAACCCGGAGAUCAUCAAGCAGCUGUCUGGUGGAAGCAUCACAGGGUUCCUCACCGGGAUGGUCAUCAGCAUCUUCUCCAAGACGCUGGUCUUGCUGCUGGGUGUUUCGGUUGUGGUGAUCCAGAUCGCUGCCAGGUACGGUAUAGACGUAACGAAGCAGCUUAAGAUCGAGGAGCGCAUUGGGAACUCGCGGGUCUUGGCGGCUCUGGAGCGGGACCCGGCCUUCAAGCUGUCAUUCGGCUUCUUCUUUGCCAUGUCGGCAUUCAUGAGGUUCCAGGACCUUUAA